ACACAUCGUCGUCUCGAAUCGACGAGGCUGGUGAAGUGCGGUACAAUCGUCCAUUUCAAUUUUACUCCCAUUGGCAUUCACUUAUAAGGUUAAUUUCGUUACUCCAAAAUUAACCACAAGCUACGAUGUCGGGAAAUCUAGAGAUUCUCGCCCUCAAAGAGGAUGAUGUUAAGAAUAUGUUGUCCGCGUCGACUCAUCUUGGUAGCACUUCGGUCAACUUCCAGAUGAAGUCCUACGUGUUCAAACGUCGCCCGGACGGUGUGCAUAUCAUCAACUUGGGCCGCACCUGGGAGAAGCUGAUGCUGGCCGCGCGUGUCAUCGCUGGUAUCGAGAACCGCGGAGAGAUUUUCGCUAUCUCAUCUCGUCAGUUUGGUCAGCGUGCCGUACUGAAGUUCGCGCAUUACACCGGCGCUACUCCAAUCGCUGGUCGCUUCACGCCCGGAGCCUUCACCAAUCAGAUCCAGCCGGCCUUCCGUGAACCGCGUUUGUUGAUCGUUAACGAUCCGUUGACCGAUCAUCAACCCGUUACGGAAUCCUCGUACUGUAACAUUCCGGUCAUCGCAUUCUGCAACACCGAUUCGCCGCUGAAGUUUGUUGACAUCGCUAUCCCAUGCAAUACCAACUCGCGUCUCUCGAUUGGUCUGAUGUGGUGGAUGUUGGCCCGUGAGGUGCUUCGUCUGCGCGGGGAAAUUUCCCGCGACAAGUGGGACGUCAUGCCCGAUCUGUUCUUCUAUCGUAACCCAGAGGAGGUUGAUAAGGAGGCAGCUGCCAUCGAGGCCGCUCCAGUCGCGAAGGACAUUUACCCAGAGGAGCAGCUACCGCUUGUCGAGGAAGGUGGCAACUGGGGAGGCGAAGAAGUUGCUGUUCCCGGUGCCGCUCCGGUUGUUGCAGCUGUUCCAGCUGUUGUUCCUCAGUUCGUGCAAGCGGAUGACUGGAACGAGGAUGAGCCCGCCCAAGCUGCUGGAUCCUGGGGAGGUGGCGGCGGCUUCUAAGUCACGCGCAACAUUGCAUUUUCGUAUGAUUUUAUGAAAUAUUUUUUCAUAUCGUUGUACGGAUUGAAUGGAAUAAAUAUACAGCCUUCAAAAGGAAGAAAAA